AACCACGUCGCCGCGCCGGGCGUAAGCACGGCAGACGCGUGACGCCGGUAGCAGUUGAAAAAUGGCGAGUGUUACUGAACUGAAAGCUGUUUUAAAGGACACCUUGGAAAAAAGGGGAGUGUUAGGACAUUUAAAAGCAAGGAUCCGUGCUGAAGUUUUCAGUGCCCUAGAUGAUGAUCAUGAACCCCGACCAUCAUUGUCUCAUGAAAACCUUCUAAUUAAUGAAUUAAUUAGAGAGUAUUUGGAAUUCAACAAAUAUAAGUACACAGCCUCUGUCCUCAUAGCAGAAUCUGGUCAACCUGUAGUUCCAUUGGACAGACAGUUUCUCAUCCGUGAACUGAAUGCCUUUGAAGAAUCAAAGGAUAACUCAAUUCCUCUGUUAUAUGGAAUUUUAGCCCAUUUUUUGCGUGGUCCUCCAGAUGGCAUCCAGAAUGUGCUUCUGACAGAGUCGACACUCCAGCCUCCAAACAGGCAUCCCAGCUGGAAGCCCAGCAGAAAACCAAAGGAUGACCACCUGAGGAAGGACACGGUCCCGAGCACCGCGACUGAAGAGCUGCAUGCUACUGCGCAAGCAGUCAGUAGAUGAGUCUCUGAUCUCAGCUGUGUAUGUGGAGAAGUUAACUUAUUAUUCCCAAUACCAUUAAUUAGACCACCACUGUUUGUAAACGUUUGAGCUUCUACAAACAUUCAGCCUCAAAUUUUACUGUAUCUGUGAAAAGCUAAUCCAUGCUAAAAGCCACUGGAGAAAAAUAUGUAUUGUUUUCAGGAUUGUUUUUUGUUUUGUUUUUUUACUUUUUUGUUUUUUGAGUCAGGUUUUUUUUUUUUGGUAUAGCCUUGGCUGUUCUAGAACUCACACUGUAGCCCAGGCUGGCCUCAAACUCACAGAGAUCUGCCUGCGAAGUGCUGGAAUUAAAGGUGUGUGCCACCACUGCCAGGCCAGGAUGUAUAUUUUAAAGUUCUUAAGUUUGAGAAAACUGAAAGGUACUUUGUACUUUAUUCUUUGUCCCUCUUCCCUUUUUUAAAGGCCAUCACCAAGGGCUGUGAUGUGCUUCCAGGGAAGCACUUGCCUCGCAUUUGUAAGGUCCAAGUUUAGUCCUUGCACUGGGAAAAAGAAAACACAAGCACAGGUCUUUGUCUGUACACUCUGUUCAUUAAACUUCCUUCAGCUAGAAUUAUAUAGACCUGUGGAAAAACUCAUUCAUGUUUUUGAAAAAAUAUUUAAAGGGCAUAAAACCAAAAUUUAUUCCUUUAAAGUUUGAUAUUUAAGAAAUAUCUGAAUCACUGUCUGCCCCAGCUAGUUUUGUCUCAGCUUGACACAAGUUAGAGUUAUUUGGGAAGAGGAACUCUCAGUCGAGAAAUAUCCCUUCAUCAGAUUGGCCUAUGGGCAAGCCUGUAGUGCAUUUUAUCAGUGAUUGAUGUGAGAGGGUCCAGCCCAUUGUGGGUGGGUGGUCCUGGGUUCAGUAAGAAAGGCCGAGCAGGCCUUGUUGAGCAAGUCAAUGUGGUGUUCUACCCUGACUUCUUCAGUGGUAGCUUGUGAUAUGGAACUGUAUGCUGAAAUAAACCCUCUCCUUCCCAA